GAAAUUUUUUUGUAUAUGGCAGAUGCUCAAUAAGGACACCUCACACGAGUAAAGUAAUACUGUAGAUGCUCAUAGUAUAUCUGCAGAACCAGACGAAUUUAACUUCGGUGGCGUCUUCCAGUCGAAACCGAUGGGUAGUUGGACACAACAGUGGCAAAACAGGCUGGAAUUAUUGAAGAGCCCCACUGGGCACAAGCCUACAUUAAGAAGCCGAAUCUCUUUCUUCCCGUCAUCACCCUCAAGAACCAGAAAAUAUGGCAGACAGUAAGCACAGGUUCCUCUAUCCAAUCUUUCUUUCCUUCCUCUCGGUUUUGUUGUGCUCUCGUGCAUCCCCAUGGCAGACCAUUAGCACAGAUUCAUCCAUGCAAGCAGAUCACGGGGAGAUCUUCCUCGUCUCUCCAGACACGACCUUCUCCUGCGGCUUCUACUCAUCUGGAGAAGGCACAAACGCCUGUUACUUCUCCAUCUGGUUCACCCAUGCCGCUGACAAGACUGUUGUCUGGACAGCAAACCCUGGCUCUCCGGUAAAUAGCCAUGGCUCCAAGAUCUCCUUGAACCGCGAAGGUAACUUGCUCCUUACAGAUGUCAAUGGCUCCACAGUGUGGGAGAGCAGGACAAGUUGGGGAAAGCACACCACAGUAGCUCUCCUCAACAGCGGCAACCUUGUGGUCAGGGCCUCCACUGAUAAGGUAGUAUGGCAGAGCUUCGAUUCACCGACUGACACCUUGCUUCCUUCACAGCGUCUGACAAGAGAAUCGAGGUUGGUCUCUCAAUCUGGCUAUCAUCUCCUCUAUUUCGACAAUGACAACGUCUUACGGCUCCUGUAUAAUGGACCAGACAUCACAAGCAUAUACUGGCCAAGUCCAGAUUACAAUGCGCUGCAAAAUGGCCGGACUAGAUUCAACAGCAGCAAGAUAGCAGUUCUGGAUGACAAGGGCAAUUUCCUGUCAAGCGAUGGAUUCAGAAUGACAGCUUCAGAUUCAGGAUUCGGGAUCAAGAGAAGGAUCACCAUCGAUUAUGAUGGCAACUUCAGAAUGUACAGCUUGAAUGCAUCAAAUGGUAACUGGACUGUCACAGGGGAGGCUGUACAGCAGAUGUGCUAUGUGCAUGGGUUAUGUGGAAUAAAUGGAAUUUGUGAGUACUCACAGUCACAGGGUCUCAGAUGCACUUGUCCUCCAGGAUACGAGAUGACUGAUCCGAAGAACUGGAAUAAAGGAUGCAGGCCAACAUUCAGCGUCAGCUGUGGGCAACCACGAGGGGAUUUUACAUUCAUCAAGAUUUCCCAUGGUGACUUUUAUGGCUUUGACCUGAGUUCAAACAAGUCAAUCUCACUCAAAGAAUGCAUGCAGAUAUGCUUGGACAGCUGCUUGUGCUUAUCUUACACAUACAAAGCUGGAGAUGGUCUAUGUUACACUAAAGAUCGGCAGUACAAUGGCCAGGUUUAUCCAUAUUUUCCCGGAGACAACUAUAUCAAACUUCCUAAGAAGGUCGCUUCAACAUCUUCGGCCUCCAAACAUUCUGGUCUUACCUGCAGCCCAAAGAAUGACAAGAUUAUGAUAGUAUCCGAAGAUGCAUACAUGAAAAAUUCUGACAACAUAAACUGGAUAUACUUCUAUGUCUUUGCUGCUAUAUUAGGGGCGAUUGAGCUGCUUUUCAUCCUAACAGGGUGGUACUUUCUUUUCAAAAUGUAUGACAUACCCAAGUCGAUGGAGGAAGGUUACAGAAUGAUAACAAGCCAGUUCAGGAGAUUUACAUACCGUGAGUUGGUGGAAGCAACAGGUAAAUUUAAAGAAGAACUAGGAAAAGGUGGCAGUGGUACAGUUUACAGAGGAAUACUUGGAGACAAGAGGGUGGUGGCAGUAAAGAAGCUUACACAUGUUAGACAAGGUGAAGAGGAAUUUUGGGCAGAAGUGACUUUAAUUGGGAGGAUCAAUCAUAUAAAUCUGGUCAGAAUGUGGGGAUUUUGCUCAGAAGGCAAACAUAGGUUAUUAGUGUAUGAGUAUGUGGAAAACAAGUCAUUGGACAAGUACCUUUUUUAUGACAGGGGCACUGAAAGAUUGCUAUCAUGGAGCCAACGAUUCAAGAUUGCCUUGGGAACAGCAAGAGGCCUUGCUUACCUCCAUCAUGAAUGUCUGGAAUGGGUUGUCCAUUGUGAUGUAAAACCAGAAAACAUACUGCUGACCCGAGAUUUCGAAGGCAAGAUAGCAGACUUUGGACUGUCCAAGCUUUCAAAGAGAAGCAGUUCUAGCUUCAGUUUCACUCAUAUGAGAGGCACAAUGGGCUACAUGGCACCAGAAUGGGCAAUGAAUUUGCCUAUCAAUGCAAAGGUCGAUGUUUACAGCUACGGAGUUGUGCUUCUGGAGAUUGUGACUGGGAGCAGGGUUUCUAGUGGGAUAACAAUAGAUGAAGAAGAGAUGGACUUCAUGCAGUUUGUUCAGGAAGUUAAACAGAGGCUCGUUAGGGAGGAUGACCUGGAUAUAGUGGAUGCUAGACUCAAAGGGCGUUUCAAUCAUGAGCAAGCAACGAUGAUGGUGAAAAUAGCUGUUUCAUGUCUUGAAGAAAGAAGCAAAAGGCCAACAAUGGAUCAAAUUGCAAAAGACCUCAUGGUGUACGAUGAUGAAGAUAAUCACCCAGCAUACUUUUGAUGACCUAUAUCCAAAAGAACUAGAAGCAAGAAUACAGACUGAAAAGUCCUAGUGAAUUGCCCACGCCACUCUUAGAGUGAAUUGCCCACACAACUCUUAAAAGAGAAACAGCAAUGUCAUUUUGUAUAUAAUGUUCCUUACCAUAUGAAGUGGAAACAUUAGAAGUAUUCUUCAGAUUUUCUACUUGCUUUUUUUAUGAAAUCGUGUUUGGCAUCCUGAGGGGCUCGUAUAGAAUACCUUAUGUGAAGAGCUGUAAACAUUUCUUUAUGUAUGUGCGAUAAGUCCUUUUAUGCCAUUUUGUCA